GGGAUCAAUUUCCCUGAUGUACGUCAUCAUGAACCUCUAGUUUCGCCCUCAAUUUCCAUGUUCCCUUUGAUAACAAGCCAGGCCUCGUACUCAACAACCCAAUCUAACUCUCACAGCACCACCCUCAACUCUAGCCCCAUUUUGAGUCGCUUUAACACCCUUGUGCCCCACCUGUGCAAACUCAUACCUUAGUGCAACACAUACGUUGGUCCAUUGACUUUGUCCAUCUCGUAACAAUUCCAAAGGAGGAUUCCCAACAUCUUAUCAGACUUUUUGUCGCUCGACACCGCCGGGAGAAGUUAACCUCAUCACUAUGCUACGAUUAAUGUGCCUUGCCGCCCUGGCCCUAGCGGUCACUGCAUGUCCGGUUGGGUGGCACCAAUCCGGUAGAUCUUGCUACAAGGUAUCCCAGGUGUUCGCUACCUAUAACGAUGCGGUAAGAAGAUGUGCACAGUUUAGUUCCUGUGAGACCGGAUUCGGGGGACACCUGGUGUCCAUCACGACCGACUUUGAGAACCAACAGGUUCUGGACAUCCUGAACUACAACCAGAUGGCCCGGAAUGAGACCUGGCUCGGUCUAAGGACCUUCAAUGGCCCAGUCGUCUGGGCAAGUGGCGAACCCCUCAAUCCACGACUCACCAACCCAUGGCAUGCUGGUAAUCCCGUACGAGGACCCAAUAUGUGCACUGUAGCCUUCCAAAACAGAUGGGCAACAAGGAAUUGUAACAUGAGGAGACAGUUCAUCUGUGAGAUGGGCGGCGAAGCUCCCCCUCCCGCCUUUUUAGUCAACCAAGAAACACCAUAAAUUUACCGCGGGACAUCAUCUUCUUCAUCAUCACACACCGGGCCCGUUUUCCUCGUAUCCGAUGGACUCUAUAAGCCUUCCGAAGGACUUGAAUGGGAGCCAGUAAAUAAAAAACUGUUUGUACUUUAUAAGACCGGUCAAAAAAUUAUAUACUGUUUGGGGUUGAUAAACCGGCCAUUCCUUAACGCAAACAUGAUACAAGUGAUUCUGUGCCAAUCUCUUCACUGUAAAAUAAAUAGUUUUCUACCUUUACGUACCUUUUCUAUCUAUGUUUUUUUGUAAUGUCUUGUUUCCGUCAUUCUUUUUUAUUUUUGAAGGAAACAACGCCUCAAGUAAUAAUUGUAAAUUUGAUUUUAGUAGCACAUGUAUCUUGCCGGGUUUUUUUUAAAUAUAGUUUUCUUGUCAUUUCUGGGAAAUAUGUAUUUACGAUCAACGCAAUUACAGUGUGUUCCUUUUUAAUCUAUCUUUGACUGGGUAAUUGUCUAAAUAAGAGUGUUCAUGAGAAACAAAUGAUAAAAUACCGAUUUGAGGUAAUUGACACCUCAUCAAAUAAUACAAAACAAAUAUUACAAUUUUCGUUGGAAGCUGGGUUUCGGAAUUUUCAUUUUGUUGGGUUCCUUAUUUUAGAAAAUACAAAUUUAUAAUAGACUGUUUAUAGAAAGACUGUAUAUUUGGUCGUUUUGAUAUAUGUUUUUAUCUGUUUUAUAUUAAUAAAAUGAUUUCGAUUUUA